CCCCCAACCCCACCUCCCUCCUACAAUGAAAACUGAGAUAGCAGGGGGGAGGGAAAAGACCAUGAAAGGAGAGAGUUGGAUGAUAGCUACUUUUCGAGUCAUUCCCUGCUAAAUUCCUUUGGUCUGUCUCACUUCAAGGAUACCCAAAGAGGAAUAGAAGAGAGGGUAACAGUAGAAAGGCAACUUUGCGCCCAGUAAGCGAUCUUUCAGAAUCUUGCGGUCUCCUCACAUACUGAACGAGUCUGGUAGACCAAAGUUAGCUCGUCAACGUUAGCAGUGCUAGCUUCCUAGCAGGAAGAAAAACCGGGAGAGGAAGAGAGGAGACAGAAGGCGCAGUUAUCUAUCAAGUCGUAUUAUGUUGCCUCUAGGACGGAGUUUAAGCUUUGGGUGACACUAAAGUUGUGCAGUUGCUUCUACGACGAAAGGAAUUAAUGCAACAAGCACGGAUAACCGGGAUGUCGGGGGAGGAGGACACUCAUUGCGGUGCCAGCUCGUAUGUGUCCCGAGGCUGGCCACAUUCGGUGCUUUGGAGACUCGGAGGUUUCUUUUUCCUUCUUCUCCUAGAAGGGGCCCUGUGCCUUGCGAGUCCGAGCGGCCCACCGGGUACUAACAAUGACAGUAAUCGUCCAUAUGUCAAUAUCUUCCUGAGCACAGAGGAGGUGAAGAAACUCUUAGGGUUGGAUGCGGAGCUGUACUACGUGAGAGAUGAUGAUGUCAACAUGUACGCACUCUCCUUCAUCCCUCCGAUACCCAGUGACAUCAGCACCCUGUACUUCUCAUGGCACUCCAAGAACAAGGUUGAGUACAAACUAGGCUUCCAUGUGGAGAACCCAACAGCCAUGGACCAACCCAAGACCAACAUCUCCGUACAGGGGGAGGUGCCCCGCAGCCGCUCAGUAUUUCGGGUAGACCUAAUAUGCUCCGGGAGGGUGGACGAAGAGGCUUUGGUGACGGUUCAGCUCAACCUGACCAUCAACCCCAAGAACAUCACAGUGCUCAACUUCAAACGCAGGAAAAUGUGCUACAAAAGAGUCGAGCAGCCGGACCCUCCCACCAUUCCCAUAAUUGACCCAAACAAACCAGUUGUGGAUCCUGCGAGUGCGCCCACCACCUCCACGCGUGUGUUCUACAUCAGCGUGAGCGUCUGCUGCGCAGUCAUCUUCCUCGUGGCCAUCAUCCUCGCCGUGCUCCACCUGCACAGCAUGAAGAGGAUCGAGCUGGAUGAUAGCGUGAGUGACAGCGGAAGCUCUCAGGGCCUGUCUCAACCCUCCACCCAGACCACGCAGUACCUGCGAGCCGACACGCCUAACAACGCCACACCCGUCACCAACAGUCACCCUGGUUCUGCACCCAUCCAUCAGCUUGCUGCCGCCUCCUUCCCAAAUCCUGGCGCCCCCUCACAGCAAAGCAAAAGCUAUCCCUCGCUGCGCAUUGAGAAGAACGACCUGAGGAGCGUGACCCUGAUGGAAGCCAAAGCCAAGGUCAAAGACAUCGCCAUCUCCAGAGAGAGGGUCACCCUACGGGAUGUCCUGCAUGAAGGUACAUUUGGCCGCAUAUUCCACGGAAUCCUUCUGGACGAGAAAGACCCCAGCAAGGAGAAGCGGGUCUUUGUGAAAACAGUCAAAGACCAUGCCUCUGAAGUGCAGGUGACCAUGAUGCUGACAGAAAGCUGUAAGCUCCGAGGUCUACACCACAGGAACCUGUUGCCCAUAAGCCACGUGUGUACGGAGGACGGAGAGAAGCCCAUGGUCCUGCUGCCCUACAUGAACUGGGGCAACCUCAAGCUUUUCCUGCGACAGUGCAAGCUGGCUGAGGCCAACAACCCACAGGCCAUCUCGCAACAAGAUCUGGUGCACAUGGCCAUUCAGAUUGCAUGUGGGAUGAGCUACUUGGCACGAAGGGAGGUCAUCCAUAAAGACCUGGCAGCCAGAAACUGUGUUAUUGAUGACAGCAUGCAGGUGAAGAUCACAGACAAUGCCCUGUCCCGAGACCUGUUCCCCAUGGACUACCACUGUCUGGGGGACAACGAGAACCGGCCCGUGCGCUGGAUGGCCCUGGAGAGCCUGCUCAACAACGACUUCUCCAGCGCAAGCGACGUGUGGGCUUUUGGUGUGAGCCUGUGGGAGCUGAUGACCCUGGGUCAGACUCCUUACGUGGACAUCGACCCCUUCGAGAUGGCCGCCUACCUGAAGGACGGCUACCGAAUAGCACAGCCAAUCAACUGCCCCGACGAGCUGUUUGCUGUGAUGGCCUGUUGCUGGGCCUUGGACCCCGAGGAGAGACCCAAGUUCCAGCAGCUUGUUCAGUGCCUCACAGAGUUCCAUGCGGCUCUUGGGGCGUAUGUCUGAAAUCCAGCCCCAGGCUUUUGGUCCAGGCCCACCAGCACUACCUGAGAGGAUUAUAAUGAAAAGAGGAAAAGAAACUAGUGCCUUAAGAAACAAAUGAGAAAGAAAAAAGACUUUCUGACCAUUUUUUUUUUUUUUUUUUUUUAAUUGCUUUUGUAUUUUUUUAAUUAUAGAGAAGACAAUACAUUUCCAGAACUUAGAUGAAGUUACAUCAUUGGCAUUUCUUGGGUCUUUCCCCCCCGUUUUAAAACCCCUGAAGAGCACAAAGAAACUGUUAUCGCUUCACUGGAGUGAAAGGAUGUGCCCUUUCUGAGUGCCAAGGUCCUUUUUGUUCCUUUCGUCACCAUGGAAAUGCAUACAUCUUCACCUCUCGCAGUGAAAGAUCACCCCAGUGCUUGGCCAGACACACGGCCACACUCCAGAAGAACUGCCAUUGAUGUAUCCCAGACAUCGUCCAGUGCCAAGUGCUUUCUGCCCCCUUUUUCGUCGGAAGCCCAUUCUGGGCCCUAGAGGACUCGACUCGAACUUAAGGCAACAAUGCUGAAGUGGUAUCCUUCCCGAGAGGACGCGCUGCACGUUUUUAAAAUGUGUUUUUGGACAUGGCAGUGAGAGGCUACUCUCCAUUGCGCUGAAGCGUAAAUAGGAUGCCAAAGCUGAAAGAAAGCAGCUGGUGGGUGGGUGUGUUUGUGUAUAUGCUUGUGUGUGUGUGUGUGUGUGUGUGUGUGUGUGUGUGUGUGUG